CUACUGUGGCUUCUGCGACGCUUGCCCUUCUUGCCGCCGCGCUGGUUUGCGCCCAGAAUGGCUGCUAUCGAGGGCAGAGGCUUUGGGCUGCUGCGUGGGCAGUUGUUGUGCGGCUGGCUGCGCAGGGUGCCGCACUGGUGAAGGUAGGCAAAUGCUCCAUUGGGCGGCGAUUGGUUGGAUCGUCUCUCUCGUGCACGCCAGCUCCCCAAGUGCCCUUCUGCACAGCACCAGCUCCACGGUUGGCCGCGUGGCACCUUGCGCCCUUCAGCUGAAGGUGCAUGGGUCACCCCAGCCUUCUCCCGCGCCGCCUGUGGAGCUCUCCGUGAUCUUUGGACCCUUCCUGGCGCCGCGCCUCGCGCAGAGCGCAGCGGCGCUCGGCUUUGCGGCGACCGUGGGAUGUGGGGACAUGUUUCGAGAGUUCUCCAGUGAUCAGGAGGAGGGCUUUCCGGUGCCCAGUGGUUGCUGGUGGAAUGCCAGCACGCUGGAGAUGCUGAUGCAGUUCUCAUCCAGUGACUGGUUGGCCAAUGGCAGCUACCAGCUGGUCUUUGAUGCGGAGGUUCUUGCUCCCUUCGUUGCCGGCACGUCGAUGGCCCAGUUGAGUGUCACAGACGCCGACCUCGCUGAGCUGCUGCUACUAGAGGUGCUGGCAGCCAGUGGCACCCGGCCCAUGCUGGACACGGACACGUCGUUCUCCAUGAACAUCGGGAUCCUCAGUGAUGGACCGUGGCAGCUGACCUCGGAAUCGCCAUGGAUCCUGACGGGUCCAAGGUUGGAACUGGAGGCUUUUGAGAACAUCUCAGAGGUCAUUCUUCACCUCGCCCUUUUGCCCCUCUAUGCCUGGCCUGAGCGCCUGGAGCCCAGCGAGACCGCUGGCAGUCUCCUUCUUCCGGCCCUGGAGAUCCAGCUGAAUGUCAGUGAUUUGGAGUCCCUUCCCUUCCACUCGGAGCUGGCAUUGGAUCUUCAGGACGUCCGCAGCUUCUUUCCAACCUUCCCAGUGGUGGAGCUACGCAUUAUCGGAGAGGAUGUGAAUGGCACUGAAUUGGAGAUGGCAGCACCAGUCUCGUGCAACGCGUGGUGGAAGCCAGCGGAUCCGGUGGCCGAGACCUUCUUUGGCAUCCGCGCAGCGGGCCGGAGCGGCUUCGGAACCACGCCGUUCACCGGACAGCAGAACCAGCUCACGCUGCGGUUAGUCCUGCCCUGUGUGCUGCGGGCUGAGAGCUUUUCAGAUGUCGGCCUCUCACUGCUGCUCCCCAGCGAUUUCAAGUGCCUCGCCAUGACCUCGGAGCCCUCCUUCCACUGGGCCGCGCGGGGCGUGUCUCCCCAUGAGUGCCGCUGGAGCAUGGCUGCGGGCGAAGCGGUCUAUGCGGACCAGGUGCUUCUGCUGAACCUCACCUAUCGAAAUCCCAGCGAGGCCACGCUCACGCCCAGCGCUGCUGCGGCCCUCAGCUUGGAGCUGCGCAGCCGUGGUGAGCUGCAGGUUUCGGAGCCUUGGGCGAUGAGGUUGGACACCAACGAGACGGAGGGCGUGGAGGGCUACCUGGGCUCCGUGGGUGUUCUGGGACUUUUGCGGCCGAUUGUGCAGCCAUCUUCGAUGUCUUACAAUGCUUUGAAUUGGCUCUCGGUGAGCCUCCGGCCCACACAGCCAGCUCAAGGGCUCGUCCUGGACGCUCCGGCUGCCUUUGAUUUCCAGGGAUGUGAACUGCGAGAUUGGUGGCUUCCACGUUACGAGGCUCAGUCCGCGGAGACCUGGGCCCUACGACUUCCCGUGGCGCAGAGCGCGGCUGUGCGCUGCGUGGCGGACCGGUGGCCAUGUCCCGGUGACACGGUCGACGGCAGGUGUACUCGGUCGACUUCAUCCACCUUGAACCGGGCGCAUGUUCAGCUGCAGGAGAAGCUGGUCCCUGGACUCCUCUAUGGUUUCGACAUUUCGGUGCAGAAUCCAGCCACGGCCGCCACGGCCUCCGAGAAUUCCUUUUACAUUUUCACUUGGGACGAUGGCUUCGUCGAUGGCUCCCUCGCGGCUGCCUUCAAUCCAGACCGUCCAGACUCCCCUGGUUGGGCGUUGUAUGAUGAAAGCUUGCAGGUGAAUCUCUCCUUGCCCGACGCACGGCCUUUCAGCCUUUCUGGAAUGUCCAUCCUGUACUUGUCAUUGGUGCCCUCCGCGGCUCGGGCCUCCACGAACCUGUGCAUCACGGCACCCAGUGGCUACGUCUGGGGCCCUCCGCUCAGCUCGAGUCUUCUGUCCCGGAACUGCUGGGCGAUGGCAUCUCCGCAAGCACCGCACUGUAAGGCGGUGGACAACGACAUUCGCUGGGCAGUUAUCACAGUAGAAGCUGGGGUGACCUUCAGCUUGGACUUGGAGAUCCAAGUGCCAGAACGUUUGCCCUUGCUGGGUGCCAACGCCUUCUUCAUCGAGCUGGGCUUCGACCAGCACUGGGCGGCGGCGGCGGUGGCGCGGAACGACGCGCCGCCAGGUGGGCCUUUUGCCAUCCAAGCAAUUGCUGAAACCUCAGUGACCUGUUCCUGCCCUGUGGUGGGCUACGAGGGGAACUACCUACGUUUCAGUGCGCGGUUGCCCUCGCUCUCCGCCGGCGCUCAGCUGGAGUUGCUGGGCGAUGAGGCCGCCCGCGGCUUCGGCUUCCAAUCCAGCUGCCUUUGGCGAGCACCCUUGGACCUGUAUGAUAGCGAGCAGCCCUUCCCAGAGGACACAGAGUGCCAGGCAUCUGAGGGACCUAGUGGUCUACCACGUGUGCGCUUCACCUUCGUCACCUCCCAGCCGAGCCAUCGUUGGGCCGUGGAGCUCUUGGCACGGAACCCGAGUGGAACGGCCGGAGCAGCAACGUGGAGCUGGCAGAUUUGGGCACCGGAGCCGACGGUGCUGCCAGCCUACGCCAGCGGCUGCCCUUUGCGCCGUCCCCUCUCCACGCUCCUCCGCCCACCCCCUGAGCCCGGGCUCCGCGCCAGCUACAGCGGUCGCCCGGGCGCGCGGAAUCGGAUCGAGGUGGAAGUGGUGCCAGCGGAGAGGCCUUCGCCCCCUUUGCAGCUGCUCCUUCGCGCCCCGCGGGGCAUCUCACUCGACACCUGCACUGCCGCCUGGGCCCCGGCCACUGAUGCCACUGCGGCGACGCCGGUGCGCUGCGCGGGCGCGGGGCGCGAGGCGCUGGUGGACGUGAUGGCCGCGAUGGAGGCAGAGGUGAUGUAUGUGCUGCAGUUGGCCUUUGACAACCCACCCCUCGAGGUGGUGCUGCAGAUGACCAACCUUUGGUACUUCGAGCUGGGUGACGAGGCCAGCUUGCCGCUGCAGGGGCCCCGCUUUCAGCUGCUCCACUCCCUUCAGCUGACACCGCUCCUCCCCACGCGCCGAACCGCGCCGAACUCCGCACACGUGGCCACGCCGGUGCUGGUAGCCUUUGGUGUCUCCUAUGUGGCGGAACGGCUGGUGCUCGAGUCUCCGAACUUCACGCUCGACGGGACCUGCAGUUUGCUGGAGGCGGAAGGCCCCUGCGAGGCUUGCCUCAAGCGUCAACUCAGCUGGUGCGCCUGGACCAGCGACUGUGGCGAGAGCCUGCCCUGUCCUGCAGAGUACUUGGCGGUCCCUGACCGGUCUGGAACGCACUUGCGCUGUCGCUUUCGGGUGCGGACAGAGGACUUGACCUGCCGGGCAGAGACUCCGGAAGGAGGCUCCUCUUCCAGUCGUUUGCUGGUGGAGCUGCACCAGGGCGGUCACUUUUGGCCGGGGCGUCUCUAUGAGCUCCACCUGCUGGUGGCACAUGGCUCAGAGCCACAGCCGAAUCAGAGCUGGCGACUUAAGACUGAAAGCUUCAAGGAGGAGUCUUGGCAUCCUGUGGAUGUUGGUGAGAUCGUAGGCUACAACCUUGUGCCUGCGCUUGAGUGGAAUGUCACCUUGGCGCCCAGCCGCCUGUUGCCGCUCCGGAGCGGACGUGGGCACUGUCGGGCCGCGGUGGCCGGCGGCUCCCUGGGUGCAGUCACCAUCUCCCUCCAGCUGGGCGCGGCCGGCGUGGAGGAUCUCUUCGAGAUCCACCCGCCCAAGGGCAUCACCGUUGCCUCUUGCGACGUGACGGAGGUCGCCCCCGCGGAAGAGGAAGGGAUCGAUGUGCAGAUGACGAGCUGUGGAGACCCGGGGGCCUUGCGCUUGAGCUGGGAGACGGAGACGAGUGUUGCACUGAGUACGGAACCGCCCUCCAUCUCCAACGGACCGGAGAACGUGAGCGACACCACCACCCGCGCACCGCCCACCCAACCAGAGACGGUCGUCGGGGCCAACGAGAGUGGCGAGAGCCGCAACGAAAGUACUACAACGGAGGCACCCGAGUCGCAAGUCAAUUUCAGCAAUGAAAGCGUGAACGAGAGCGCCACACUGCGCAGAAUGUCCAGCUGCGGGGCGCAGUCGGAUCUGAGCCAAUGCUUUCAAUGCCAUUGCGGGGAAGAAUGCCGAUUGACCUUCUCUGGCCUACAGGGAGCUGACAUCAGUUUUCAUGUGGCGAUCUACCAGAUGGAAGAGAAGCCGGUGAUCCUUUGGUCCGAGCCGUGGAGCAUCACUCAGAAGCGUGCAGAUCAAGUCAUAGCUGCUGCCGUGGCCUGGCAGUGGCCCAUCCGUCCCUCCCUGCGGGCGGCCUUCAGCCUUGGCACUGGCGCAGCUGGAGACACGCAGCUGGCGCUAGAGAUCACGCCGCGCGUGGUGGGGGCGAAUUUCACGUGGCUUCGCUUGGUGGCAGCUUGGCCACCUGGCUUCAACUUCGAGGGAGCUCACGUCCAAGGAGCCACCGGCGCCACAGUCUUGGAGGCGUCAGGUCCUCGUCUUCUGCUGGCGCUCCCGCAGCGAGCCGCUGCACCGGGCCAAGCCCUGGACCUACAAGUGGGGCCCGUCCAACUGGGAGAGGGAGGCUUCAGCCGCUUCCAUGCGGCGACCCUGGCUUCCGAGUUUGUGCUCGAGGAGGUGUUGAACCUCACAGCCUUCCGGAUCCCAGGCCAUGUUUUCGUGGACAAUGCCACCUUGGAACGCGUGGCUCCGAGUCGUUCUACGCUCCCACCACUGCCAGUGCGGCUACAAGAGGCUGGUUGGCUUUCGAUGACCUUCCGCCUGGCGCAGGCCGUCGGGCCCGGAACGCAGCUGCGCUUGGCCGCUUCCGAUGCCUGGGAGCUUCGCGCCGUGGGCGAAGGAUCGGGGAUGUCGCUCUAUCGAGUGCAAGAUGGGCAAGUGGCAGAGAUCUUGAGGUUGGCUGACGUAGCGGCUGUGAGCACAAUGCAGGUUCAGGCGGUGCUGUUGGAUCCAAUGGCGUCGAUGUCGGCCUAUACCGUCACCCUUUGGGCGAUGCCCUUGACCUACGAAGCGCCGUCGAGCCGCGGUGCCUGGACUCUGGACCUGGAGGACGGUGAUGGGCCCAUCGUCACCAGCAAUGAGGGUUUUCAGUUGCCUUUGCCGGCAUGGCCCUUGCCGUCCAUCGCCGUGCAGUUGGAUAUGGCCAGCCCUCCACCAGGAGGGCGGACCUACGUGCAGCUCGGAGUGGCACCUUGGAUCGGCGCUGGACAGGUGCAUUUGCUGUUGGAACCUCCUCCCGGAUGGCGGCUUGGCGCUUCCACCAGCCCUUUGGUCUCGUUGGGCUUCGCAGACCUCACCGGAGGUUGGGAGGCCCAGUUCGAAGCUUCGGCCUCCCUGUGGACCACCACGGACACCAGGUGGUACUUGCUGGCCACGGCGGACGUGCCGAUCUUCUCAAAGGGCGAGUUGUUGACCCCCGUCCUCAGCUGGUCCCAUGUGGAUGGUGCCAACGUGGCGCCGAUGCAAACCACGAUCCAACACGCGAACCUGGCGGACCUCCAGUCGACGGAGCUGAUCCUCACGCUGCGCUUGGACCAAGAAACCCCUGUGAAGUCGAUUCGCAUCCAGCCUCCUUCGACCUAUGGCAGGUUGACCUGCGCUGACCCCGACGGCUCUCUGGUGCGCGGCGCGCCCCGCUGGCCGAUGUCCCUGCGGCGCUUCGGGCCCAGUUGUCGAGACGAGGACAACCGAACUGAGGUGUUAUUGGCUCAGCCAGUGCCUGUGGGCUUUUGGCUGAUCAGCUUGUCUGUGGCCUUGCCUGACGAGGAUCCACCAGACCUCUUCCGGGUGGAAGUCUACGAUGAGAACCAGCGUUUGGUGGAUGCGGCGACGCAAGUGACGGUGCCAGCGCUGAGCGAGCACCAGCACUGGCCGGUCCGCGAAGCUCCCACGAUGCUCCUGCGCAACCUGGAGCGCCAAGCGAUCGUCGCAGCCGCCGUGGUCGAGUUGAGCUUCCAAGUCGACCAGGAGAUGACAGUGGAGCAAGGCAAGAUCAAAGCCAUGUUGAUCUCUUUGCCCAACAGCGUCCAGUUCGACGAGGGGAUCUCCAUGAGCAUCACUGGACUUCCGCUGGAACGUGGGACGCCGACAGUGAGCCUCACCCAGGCCAUCAUCCGGCUCUUGGAGCCCGAGCUGCUUCAGCUGGGCCGCAAGCGCGUGCGCUUCGGCGUUCUGCUGCCGCGGACCGAGCCCUUAGAGAACAUUUGGAGCUUGGAGAUUUGUAGUCAAGAUUCCUGUGGGGGGCUCCGUGCUUCGUUUCCCAUUGCCCGGGCUGACCUUGCAAGAGGAGCCCGUGCUGGACGAGGAGGUGGGUGCCAGCUGGCGACCUUUGGGUCGAUGCUUGCUGCUGGCCUCGCUGUUGACAGAUCUCACCUGAGAGGAUUUGCGCUUUUGGCCAGCAGAGCGAACGUGGUCAUCACUGGACCUGCCAUGGGGGAGUUGCCGGCGGCCUCUUCCUCUGGCUGCAGUGGUUUUCCUUCACCUUCCAGACGAUCCUGUCACAUUUUAGAGGUUGUUGUCAUCGCUGCCUUGCACUCGAAAGCGGACACGACAAUCCCUUUAUUUGGAGCAGCUUUUCCUGACGUUCGCUGCUCGAAGACGAGAAACCUCUCAGCUGCCGCGUCCCCGGGCGUCCCCCAAGAACCCCAUCGCCUACGUGCUGUGCUGGCAUGCGCACCUGCGCGAUAG